UUUGUUAUUGUCCAAUUGAUAACACGUGUAUUUGUUAUGAUUAGAUCAGAAAAUUCGAAGUAUUGCCGAAAUGAAUUUCAAAAUUUCAAAGAGGUGUCAUGAAAAAGACGCCAUUUUUGUGUACUUCACAUUGUCUGUAAAAUUAUUGUUUUCCUUGAAUGAGAUAACCCCUUCGUUCACCUGAAUCUGCUCUCAUAAAAUUUGCCUAUCUGAACGUGCAGAACAGCAACAGCACGAUAUGGUGAAAACUGAAAGAUAUAUAAUGGAUGGUGCAGCAGGUGACAGUAAUGAUAAUGGUCUCAGUGACUCUUUCCUUUCUGGGCAAUACAUGGUUGAAGGUGAUGGUGAUGAAGGUUUGGCUUCUGGUGAGAAUGAUGAAGAACACAGAUUGGAAAAUAAUGAACCACUCAGAGAGCAAGACAGGUUUUUACCAAUAGCAAAUGUUUCAAGAAUUAUGAAAAAUUCCAUACCAAAAUCAGGAAAGAUUGCCAAAGAUGCCAAAGAAUGUGUUCAGGAGUGUGUCUCAGAGUUUAUCAGCUUCAUAACAAGCGAAGCAAGUGAAAGAUGUCAUCAAGAAAAAAGAAAGACUAUAAAUGGUGAAGACAUUCUGUUUGCCAUGUCUACCCUGGGUUUUGAUAGCUAUGUAGAACCACUGAAAUUGUAUCUUCAAAAAUACAGAGAGGCUAACAAGGGAGAUAAAUCUGUCAGUGGCCAUGGAGCAGGGGGUGAUGUACAGUUGGAUGAAAUUGCAGAGGAGCCAUUUGGAAACCAGACUUUAACAAACAAUAUUUUAACAGAUCCAUCAGGAGGUCAACAAAAUGUUAUAUAUACAGCAGCCUAUCCACAAAUUAGUCAAAUAAAUCAGAUUAAUUUUGUGGAAUAGCAUUUGUUGAUGAAUAAGAAAAGAAAGAGAGAUCUGAAUUAACUGCUUUGAAAAAAGGAAAAAGAAAUUGAUGUGUGGUGAUCAAUAUAUAUGGAUAUGAAUUUGAUCAUGGUUUUAUAAUAAGACAAAAUCAUCGUGGAAAACAAGCCUCUGACUACUGGUAGUGCUGCAAAUGAAAUCAUGGACAAAGUAUUUUGAUCUUGAAACAUUUUUAUUAUUUAAGUAUACUUGUACUACUGACCUCUUACCGAGGCAAACCUCCUUGUACACAAACUAUGUUUCUCUUAUGAAUUUACUGUAUGUAUUGUUCUUGGUUAGUGUUAUAUUGAUAUAUGAUAUAUGUAUACUUAUUGUGCUUAAAACUAUUGAAUUGUUCCCCAACUCUAUGAAGUUAAGAGAGAAUAUUUUUUAAAUAACCAUGUUCAAUUCAGUCGUUCUCCCUUUCCAGUCUAUUAAAUCUUACCCAGCUCGGCCAGCUGUAAGAGGAACUUCCUAUUUUAUUAGAUUUGUUUUCAGAUUUUGUAUAUUAAAAUAAGAUCAUUUUUGUAUGUGAUAAGAAAUUAUGGUUUCAUAUAUAAGGUGGUGAUUUAUUACUUGCAUGAUUUACAUGAAUCUUUAGGCCAGGCUUUUUUAAUUUAAUGGUUUACGUAUCUGCCAACCCUAUUUUCUAAUUUCCAGGGGAAAAAAGAUAAAAUUACAUUUCAUGCUUUUUAAAGCAUUUACUUCAUGCCAUGGGGUAUGGCCAUCUUUGUAACCCAAAUCAGAGACUCAGUCCAGAUUAAGCCAAGGUUUUUAUUCAGCAGAUUCCUGGUCUGUCAUUCAUAAACACCUAUUAUUUUUUUCUAAUGCAAUACAUUAAUUGAAACUAUUAAAAAAAACAUUCUUGAUUUGGGAAGUUACAACAUAUAUUCUUGGAUAUAUAUAUAUAUACUAGAACACACAUGUGAUAUCGCAAGUCCGUGACUGAAUUAAGGUAUAUAACUAUGCGCAAGCCUUAUUUUAGUAUUAGUAUUGUCAUCUGAUAAAGUCAAGCCAAUUAUAAGAUACACAGUUUUUCUCUGCUUUCAAAUCCCGUCGAACUGGAACUUAUCAAUUAUUGGUAAUAUUAAUUAUUUGGAAAACAAAAGGGUUGGAAUGGAGUAUUUUUUAAUCAACAACAUUGUCCUAUAUUAGUUAUAAAUAAAGAUGAAUUCUUUGA